AUGUCGUCCAAGGUCAAGACUGCGCAGCUGUGGGGCAAGAACAAGGAGGAGCUCUCCCAGCAGCUCGAGGAGUUGAAGACCGAGCUUAACCAGCUCCGUGUCCAGAAGAUCACCAACGGUGCUUCUUCCAAGACUCUGCGGAUCCACGACGUUCGCAAGUCGAUCGCCCGUAUCCUCACCGUCAUCAACGCCAACCAGCGCGCUCAGCUGCGUCUGUUCUACAAGAACAAGAAGUACAUGCCGCUCGACCUCCGCCCCAAGCUCACCCGCGAGCUGCGCCGCAAGCUCACCAAGCACGAGGCUACCCGCACCACCGAGCGCCAGCGCAAGCGCGAGAUCCACUUCCCCCAGCGGAAGUUCGCCGUUAAGGUACGAUAA